UCUGACACACAUCAACGCACAUCAAAGUCAACCAAAUUUGUGUUUUCUGUACUAUACAAAAGCAAAAUUCUUCGUUUACAGUCUAAACGAGCGUCAAGCGUAAUUAGAAAUGUUGUAAACAUUUUAAAACGUGAAUCCAGCAGAAUGUUUAAGAAGCCGUGUCUUAAGUUGCCUCCGGACGCGAGCGCUCCAAGGAGCACGGAAUCUUUCCCAGAGAUCGCGCUGGCGGCUAUCGUUUCCUACAAAAAACAAAAAGAAAUCGGGGACUUUAUGAGUUUCCUUCUGGCGGCGCUCGAUCGGAAUUCAGAUUGGCUUAAUAACGUUGUGGGCAAACAGGCUAACUUUAAAUGCGCUUUAAUGGUCGGAGCGGGUCCUAAUAGGUUUCAGAUCCAACAAAUAAUAUACCCCACUGAUGAGAGCGAGUUGAAGUUAGAAGUGGAACAGAGAGACUCGGACGACUUCGAUAAGAUUGCAGUCGCGGCCAUCAUGAAGCUGAGAAACUCUCAGAUUGACCUUCUACUCAAAUACAUCAAGAACAGGCUUUACGAGAAUCCUAAGCUAUUGGAUGAGUUAUUACAGGGAAAAGCUAUGGGAAUUCAAUUCGCAUUGCUGAGGCCGUGUUCUGAAAAGCAGUUUAGAAUCAUGGAGAGAAUAGUCGUUGGAAAUUCAAUGAAAUGUUUAGUGCCCACGAAAAAGCGACGCAGAGAUGAUAAGUCAGUUAGAUUUCCAUUGAAGAAAAUUAAGCGAGAAGUGCACUAGGUAAAUCUCUGCCUUGUUUUAUAAUUUUUAAUAGCAUUAUUGUAUGAUUUGGAACGACAACCACAAUGGAAGCUUCAGAGAAUUUACUCACAAAAAAUAAUUAAGUGUAGAAAUUGCUUAGAUACCAAUUAUCUAUUAAAUAAUAGCAAGAGUGUGUUGAUUAA